AUGGACUCCUGGCCAACGCGGAAACGGGCGUGGGAGGAAUACAGUCGCAGUGAUGUGCUUCAGGAGGAGAACCAUUCAAGUCCAUUCACUCAUCUGCAUCUCGAAUCCUCAUACCCGCCAAUUGCCGCCCGAUCUUCUCCUGACGACACACCUACUGCUUCUCGCCGGCUGCCACCACUGCAUACACCGGCUGAGAGCACAUUGAUCCAACUUAGCUCUCGGCGGCAUUCGUUGGCUGGCCAUAUAGCCACUGGAGGCGACGGAUCAUACCAUACUUUGCGCGGAGUUACCAGAGCAUUUGAGCACCAACAAUGGCCCCAACAAGACCACAAUGAUCCAGAAUACAAGCUAGGAAAAGAGAUCCCUGACACGGAUCGAUCUUUGCCGCCAAUUGAGACUACUCGUUGGUCUACUAACCCACAGCCACCCACUCCGACUCCCGUGCCGACCAAGUGUUGCACAGCAAGCUGUGGAGGCCAAGCAUGCGUAGACGUACGCAUUUUAAUGCGCGAACUCGCCUCUGAGCUUGUGUCGCUGGAUGAUUCCUUGCAACGAAAUGGUUUUACCCUAACCAAAGAUCCUGCUGAGCUUAGCCAUAUCAAUAUAAGUCAAUCACUGCGGUGGGCAGUCGACUUUGUACGUCACACUAACUCUAGCUUGCGAGACCAUAUAGAACCAUCCAUCGUUUAUAGCCCAGAGCGCCACGCUCCCUCCCCGAAGCCAUCGCCAGUUAUGAGGAGAGCUCAAUAUCAACAUGAGGGAGAGGAACAAUCGCCGUCAUACCGGCAAAUUCCUGGUCCUAAAUACGCCCUCCCCGACCCCUCCUUGAUACAUCCACGUACCAUGAACGAAGAUAAUAGGCGGAAUGCGUUUGGAGCAGAUAUUCCAGGUGCUGGAUCACCUCACACGGCGAGAUCACCGUCGGUAUCAUCUUUCAUGCGACCACCCUCCCCCUUGCACGCCCCACAGAACCCAAGGAACACCAUGCUCCCUUCAGCUUCCUCGAUGAAGUUUCCCACCAGUUCGACCAUUCCCCCAAUAUCCUCCCCCACAUCAUCACUUACGGGAUCCGCGCAAUCAUCACAUCUCCAAGACCUACAGCACCAAAUUUCAGUCAAGACCUUGGCAUUUCAGACACUGCAGCGAGAGUAUGACAGCUUGCUUCAGAAGCUUGAACGACAGCGUACGAAAUGCACUACUCUAGAAAAGAAAUUCGAAGUCAGCGAUGUCGAGAUCAAUAGUCUCUCGGAUGAGAAGGAGAGACUCCAAUCUCAAGUCAUAACACUUGAGGCCCAGGUUGAAGAGUUACAGGAAAGCAGAGACGAAGCUCGCCGAUCAUUGAUGGCGAAUGGCACACAGUACAUGCGAAUCAUGGAGAUGGCGAAUCGUUUGCAGGUGCAAAAUACGGAGGACAGGAAGCGCUGGGAUGCCGAGAGGACAGAACUGGAACAGAGGAUCAAAGUACUAGAAGAGGCCAUGGUCACUGGAGACAAUGCACCCACGGACACAGCAACCGGAACGACCCCUUCACAUCCUUCUUCGCCGGCCAAUACCAAUUCUGCAAGUUGUUCUUCACACUCAGCGACGAUCAACGUCUUGCGUGCGGAGAUCGUACGUCUUCGGGCCCGAACACAGAGCUUAGAGAUUGCAUUGCAGACGAUGAAGGACGAGAGCAUAUCUAUCCAGGCCGCCGCCCGGCAAUUAGUCGCUUCCAGCGGCAAGAUCGAAGAGGCAUCGCAUUCUAUACUGGACGGGCAAUAG